GAUAUAAUGUACCCAAGCAUGCGCGUAUCGGUGUUAGGCGCAGCUUAGAAUUACGCCCGCACCGACGACCGCCGACCUCCAGCUUAAAGUACUGUGACAAGAGAACGAUUAUUGCCUUGAUACAUACAAUGCAAAAUACGCUUCCAGCGAAGAUAUAUGGAGUUGCUGGACAGACGCGUUCCUCCUGCCUAUGAAUGCCUAUCUAGUCUUCAUUGAUGUGUAAGCCGUGAGACUCUGUGACAGACAACGGUUUAAGACCUUCCAGUCCUGGCAUGAUGCGCUAAGUUGAACCAGAGCGCGGCGGUCAGGGUGGCCGCUGUUGUGAAUUGGAACGUGAUGCUAAGUUCAAAUGAUGGCUGCGCGACCGGGCGGCUUUGAGGGAACCUACUCAGCCUCGGGCUGCUAGGUGGUGCUGGGCCGUGCGCACCAUGGCAGCAGUGGACCGUCUCCGCUCCUUCUAUGGGGACCAGCUGCUGUGCCGCACCGGCACCCUCGCCAGCAUCAAGUCGUUUGGCAGCGCUGUCAGCGGAGCCGCCUCUGCCGUCAGCGGCGGGGAGGCGUCGACUGUAGCUGACGGCGCCAAGCAGCAUAGGCCGGGAGAUGAGGAUGUAGUCAUCGACCCCUACCAACUUGACCCGGACGGCAGCAGCAGCAGCGAUGAUGACGAUGACGGCCUUUCGCGGCCGGACUCGGGCUCUGGUCUGGACGACGAUGAAGAAGGAGAUAUGGAUGAAACAGAAUGGACGUCCGCAUCUGGCGACGAGGCCGGCUCCGGCCCGGGCAGUCAGCGCUCCGCAGCAGAAGCCGCGUCCGGGCGCGGCGCACGCAGCGUGGCCGCAAUGAGUGCGCACACCGCGCGCACAGCCAAGUCACGCAAGGCACCCAAUGCAGGGAGGGGUGAUGUGACAGGUGGAGAGACCCAGCGUGGUGGCAAGGGCGUAAGUAUUGCGGAAACGCCAUCAAUGCAGGGCCCUAGGGCACCGCGCUCCGUUGCUGCGAGCAACUGGGGCGCCCGCAGCCGCCGCAGCGUUGCCACUACCGCCCGCUCUGCCGCCACCUCUGCGGCCAAUAGCGCAGCCCUGUCAGCGGUGCCAUCCGGGGCGCCGGGCGGAGUGGUGUCGGUGCAGAAGCUAGACGCGAAGCUCGAGGGGAAGGCGGUGCGGCGGCGCCUGCUGCGGCGGCGAGGCUGGGAGUUUGACCUCGUCCCAGAUGAGGUGGACUACACGCUGGGGCGGGAGCUUCCCCACGUGCUCACCCGGCCACAGCCUACCGCAGACUCGGACGAGGAGCUGGAAGAGGAGGGCGGUGGGAACGAUGACGACGAUGAGGACUCAGUGGACGCCAGGGCAGGUGGCUCGCCGCCGCCCGGGCCGGUGCUGGAAGCGAUCAAGUCGUACGCGCACGAGCGGGCGCCCGAGGUGGUGUGGAGCGAGCGCGUCAAGCACGCAAAGCGCGUGGCGCGGCAUACGGGGCAGACGGUGACGGUGCGCGGGCGGCUGGAGCCCAAGAAGCGGCGGGAGCUGGCGAGAAAGAUCCAGAAGUGGGACAACCGCGAGUGGUUUAACAGCCGCAAGCGCGCGCCCCCGGCCCCGCCGCUGCACCCCGCAGUGGAGCGCGUCAUUGAGCAGUGGUUCCAGCUGGUCGAUGACGACGGAGGAGGCACCCUGGACCGAGAGGAACUGCUGACGGCACUGCAGGCGUCUGACGUGCCGGUCAAGCCGGAGAACAUUGAUGAGAUGAUUGUGCUGAUGGAUCUGGACCGGGAUGGCGUCAUCAGCUGGAAGGAGUUCGUGACCUUCUUCAUGUAUGAGUUCGCGGCGGGUAAGAACCUGCUGAGUGGCGAGUACGUGCUCCCAUCCGGCGUGGCGCUGCCCUUUGGCGCCAUGAUCGCCAAGCUGAAGCGCGACCGGCUGGUGGCGGACCUGAUGGAGGGCGGCCACGCUCGUGCCAAGUGGCAGAAUAUUGCGGAGAGCCCUAUAGCGCUCGAGGACGAGCUGGGCAUGAUGGCGGCGGUGGAGCUAGCCAUGGAGGAGAUGAAGAACCCAGCCCUGGGCCGUGCGCGGGCCCGUGCUACCAAGGCCCUAAAUAAGCUGCCGCCGCACCUGCGCACUCCCAGCAUCGCUCGGCACCUGCAGCGGCACCCUGAGGUGGCGGACAAGCUGCUGCGGGCUCCCUCCAUGGCGGCGCUGAUGGCGGCCACGUCCCUGAAGCGGGCGCCCUCGGCCGGCAACAUCAUGGCGCGACUGGCCUCCACCAACUCCAACGGCUCCAUCGCCAGCCGCAACAGCUCCAUGGCCGGCGGCGGAGCGGGCAGCACCGGCGGCGGAUCUACGGGUGGCGGGGGAGGUGGAGGCGGAGCCGGCGCGUCCGGCGGCCGGACUGGAAACGUUGAUUUGAACGUGGCGGUGGCGAUGGCAGCGGGGCUGGAGUGGCCCGUGGAGGGCGCGUCCUUCUACAACAAGAGGGCCAAGACCGUGCUGCGGGCCGCUUGUCAGAAGCCGCCAGAUGCAAUCCUACGCGCCAACCAGAGCGCCGCGUCGGCGACAGGGGCCGCAUCCGGGGCGACUGCUCGCGCUGCUGCGGCACGUGCAGGAGAAGGUAGCGCAGCGGCUGGGAACGGCACCAUUGCCGGUCCGACGGCAGCAGACGCCAUAACUGGCGUCAUCAAGCAGGCCAGCGGCCGCAAAGGCCUCUCCGUGGAGGCAGUGGCGGCCGUGUCCGCGACCGCCGCAGCGAUGGAUGGGGACACGGCGCAGGGUCGCGGGCUCUUGCUGCGCGGUCGGGGAGGCAGCAACAAAAGGGUUGAUGGGAGCGAGUCCAGCGGCGAAGAAGCGGGCGGCCGCCGCCACCGGGGUGGCGGCGCCCGAAUGGACGAUGAUGUGUUGCCUUGGCUUGUGAACGCCAAGCGGCGCGAGGAAGAGGAGCGCCAGGAGCUGCGUGAGCGGCUCAUGGGCGGAGCCAGCAGCAAGUCGAUGGCGGCGUCCGCCCUGGCGGGGCGUGGCAGCAGGAGUGCGAGAGCAAGUGCAUCGACAGACGCGGAUACGCCCCGGCGGCGCAGCGGCCUGGUCGAAGGUGGUGAAGAGGAGGAGGAGGGGCUGUGGGUGUCACCGCUGCUAAAGCGCUGGCUCACGGUGGAGCGGGAGCGGCUGCAGCACCCGUCGGCAGAGCUGGCGCUAGCGUCAGAGACCGAGCCAGACAACAUGACAGCGGCCGCAACAGGAGAAGUGGCGGGCACAGCUGCAGCGUCAGCCCAACAGGGGAUCAUUGCAUCUGCCGUCCCCAGCCGCGCCGCAUCAGUGACCACUGCACGGGAGGUGGAGAUGUCGGAUGUCGACGUCAGCAGCCCGCACGCCGUGACUGCCGCUGCGACCCUGGGAACUGGCCGCGCCAUGUCAUCCACACUGGAUGGCGACACGGAGGGACUUGCCAGUGCGGGAGUGGCAACACCAGCUGCUGCUCGCAAGCCGCGGCGGCGCAUGCGCUUCGUGGAUGAGCAAGAGGACGCCACGCCUGCAGAGGAGGAGUCAACCGCUGCGGUCGCUGCUGCUGCAAACAGCGGCGCGUUUGCGGAGGAGGAUGCGCUGGCGGCCUUGGCAGGCCGCUCCCUCACCACGGCGUCGUCCGCGGGCCCCGGGACUGCCCCGGCCGUGUUCCUGGGCAGCAUGGGGCCGCACACGUGCGCGGUUGGGGUGCCACUGUCGGCUCUCUCCCCUGCUGGGGCAUCGGUGGAGCUUCCAGAUGACCCUUCAAACUCAUCGCUCAGAACCACCAGGCGCUCCGUCCUGCUGAGCCCGGGGCCCGCCGAUGGCGGCGACGGCGACUCAGCUCUGCAGCCGCCCUACGCGGUGGCACAUGGCCAGAGCCCACGAGCCUCAGGGCUGCUGCGCACCAGCCGCUUGGAAGCCGCUAGUCCCUCUCCGGGGGGCGUCACGCUGCCUCCUGGCGAGGCGCCGGCAGCUGCCGCACCCGCCGGCACCUCGCCGCUGCGCUCGUCGUAUGGGCCCGCUCUGCAGCAGUGGGCGUUGGGCUCCGCGGCGGCAGCAGCAGCAGAGGCUGGGGAUGCGGACACGCUGGAGCCGCUGGAUGCGGAGGAAGCGCGCGAGCUUAUGGCUGGCAUCACGCUGCAGCUGAGCAAGGAGGACACGCUGUAUCAUAUACACACGGGCCACGAGGCCGACCGCCCCACCACCAGCGACUUCCGGGCGGCGCUCACCCGAAUGCGGGUGGCUGCGGCGGCGCUGGUGCACUCGUACGCGCUGCCGCCGCACCCCGAGUACUCGGGUGCAGCGGUGUCGCCGUUCACAGCCGGCCUGUUUACGGAGGCCAGCCAGCCUCAGCUGACGCACCCGCCGCUGCAGCAACCUGCUGGGAGCGCUGCCCCGCAGCCUCCUGGCCGCCUGUAUGGCCUAUCGCCGCAUCAUCGACCGCACCCGCAGCUGCCUUUGCACAGGCCCGACUCGCCAACCACCGCCGUGGCCCUGUCGGCACGUCCUUCGGCGGUGUCAGUCACAGCGGCCCACGGCACCACCGCCCUUACAUCAGCGGAGCGCAAUCGCGGCCGAACGCGCAGCGGCGCCGGCGUCACUGAGGAUUCCGGCGGAGGCGGCGGGGCUACGGCGGGCGCAAGCGCGCGAUCGCGUGGCGCCAAAGUGGCACAGCAGGUGGUUGCACGCGCACCGGGACUGGUGGUUGCGGGGGUGGCAGCAGGCGCUCACCCGCGCGCCCACUCACCUCAGCCCUUCGGCCCCUACGCCCAGUCUCCUCACCAGUCAUACACCGGCAGGCCCGGCGACGACUUGACUCCUGAGGCAAGCCAGCCCUUCGGCCUUAUCAGCGUGGCCAUACCCGGGGAUAGCGGCCAGGCCUUGAGCGGCUGGUCGGUGCCGGGCGAGAUGGCGGCCCCAGGGGUAUUCGUCACCCCAUCCCCGCAGCCGCAGCCGCCACGCCACUCGCCCGAUCCGGGCAUCCUGGCAGCUGCCAUUGCCACUGCAAGGUCGAUGUCGCGCGCCGGCUCCUCGCGGCCGGCCUCACGGGCUCGCUCGCCUUCGCCUCUACGUGCGGGUUCGUCGCCGCCCGCGCGUGGCGGCUCUCGGCCUGGCUCCCGUCUCGAGUCGCCAGCUUCCUCUGCCCUGUUCGCCCCUAUGCUGCCCCACCAGCAGACGGAUAGCGGCAGUGGCACCGCGGUGCACGCCACAGCUCGAACAGCCAUAGGUGGUGCUGUUGCUGCAGGGGCACCGCACGGGCUUGUACCGGCGCAGCGCUCGCACUCUGUGGGGCCACCCGCCGCCGCACAAGAUGGGGCUUCACUGCAGCCACCGCCCGUGCCGGAGGCUUGGGAUGCAAGGGUGGCGGCGCUGCUGCAGCGGCACACCGCUGUGGAGCUGGCGGCGGUGCAGCAGCACGCGGCCAUGCGCUCCCCCAGCCCCGAUGGCGGUAAGAGCGCGCGCCCCGCAGCAGGUGGUGGUGGCGGCGGUGGCGGCGGUGCCACCGCGCGGGGAUCCGGCCUCGGUCCUGGCGCUUUGGCAUUGCUAAGUAGCCGCCGGGCCGGUGGCCACGCGGCCAUCAGGCGCGGUGCCGGCUCCGUGCUGCCUAUGCGCGCCAAGAGCUCAUUGGAUUUAUUGCGCAUAGCCGACACUCGCGGCCUGGUCACGGCGCUGCGGCAGGUGCCUGGCCACCUGCCGGCUGCAGAGCAUUCCCUGGCGACAGCCGCCGAUCCCGGGCCACGCCCCGCAGAUUUGUUGCCGCCACGUGCAUCAGACCCAUUUCCAGACUUCAUAUACAUGGCAGGAGCCAUGCCGCGGCUGCAAAGCAGGUAUGCGGCCAAACGCCCCGUGCCAGCCGCCGCCGCCGCGCAGCAGCAGGUAGCCACGGCCUCGGACGCAGGCGCAGGCGCGGAGCAGGGACCCCCGACAAACAGCAGCCGCGCGGGCAGCCGGGGCGGGCCGCGGCUGCCGGACCCACUGGCUGUGGCGGCUGAGGGUGGCGAGGGGGAGGCUAGUGCGCCGGAUCGCGAGGAGGCAGAGCCCGGGCCGGCGUCACCGCUGUGGCAGGACAGCGCCCCGAGCGCUAAUGCCGAGGACGAGGCGUCCGAGGAGCCAGAUUCGCCGCGGGGCUGGGCAGCACGCGGCCCGCACAAUGCUGCUGUACUUGGUGGACAGCUCACAGGCGGCGACCUCAGUGCAGGCGGCAUCCCAGUGCACGCCUGGGGUGGUGAAGGCGACAGCAGCGGUGCCGCUGGGCGUCAGCUGAGUCUGCCGCACCCGGCAGAGACUCGGUCAUACAACACGCACGACGGGUCACGGCCUCCAUCUGCCGGGUCUGAAGCAGCCGCUCUGCGGCUCCGGGAGCACCCAAUGCUACCACCAACUCCACCGGCCACAACGGCCGAAGCGGCUGCAGGUCAUGCAACCGCUGCUGCUCUUGAAGGAGUGGCACCAGUGGCCGGGGGCGAGAUUGCAAUGCAGUCGCCGCAUCCGCAGCAACAGCUCGCACUGCAGCACGACCAGGGGGCGCCGCCAGCGCCUGAUGUGCAAGCCAGCCGGCGGGAACUGCUGCUGCAGCCAUCGCACGUGAAAGAUGAGCUGCAGGAGCAGAGUGGUGCGUACCUGCAGGUCGAUGCGGGGGCUGAGGCAAGUGGAGAAGCCCGGGCGCUGAAAGGAUCGAGGCUGCAGGGCUCAGAGCAGACGGGUGUGCUGUCGCCUGGCGGCGCCAUUGCUGGCAACAGUGACGCCAGCGACAAGCCGUCCACGCCUGCGCUAGCUCGCAUUGAGCAGUCCGGGAGGCCGCGGGGACUAGCAGGCACCAGCGUGUCACGGUUGGCUGCCACGUCAGCGCCGCCGCCCGCACUACAGCCAGCUGGCGCUCCCGGGACCGAGCAUCCAGUCCCGCCGCUGCUGCUGCACACAGCCCUGGGCGACACGCCGCGCGGCACCCCAGUGGCGCUAAGUCCGUACACCGGCAGCGGCGUGAUGGCCAGCGGGUUCAGGCUGCCCAACCCCUCCCGUCUCAAGGGCACCUCCGCAAAGGUAGUGUUGCCUGAAAUGCCCCCGCCCCAAGCUGGCGGCCCGCCAGGCACCUCGUCACUGGGCGGCUGGUCCCCUGUGAGUGCCCCGCCGGUGGCCGGGGCAGGCUCUGGUGGUCAGACGUCACGGCUUGUCAGCGACCUGGCCGCAGUUGCAGGAGCCCACAGCCACCCUGGGGUAGGGGCCGAUGGCAAUGCUGCGACAGACGACCGCAAUCGAGGGCACACCACUCUGUACCUCAGCCCGGCAACUGGCCCCGCGCCUGCCGAGCAGCGCUUGCCGGGAGGGCACCCGCUGCCGAUGCUGCCGCCUCUUGCACGUGAGCCCGGCGUGGACCUGCCACAUGGCGCGCGUGCUGCGGGCCACCGGGCUCGGCAGCCGCUAGGACCCGCCGCCGGGCGGCCGGCCGGCCGGCAGUGGGUGUCGGAGUCGCUGCCAGCCAUACCCGUGCGCAGCUUGUCCCACGAGGGCGAGACCCCGCCACUGUCUCCAUCGGUGAGGGCCUCUGUCGCUCGCCCGGUGCCGGAUGAUGACACGAGCGUGCUUCCUCGCGGAAAGCAGCAGCCGCUGGGCAAUCUGCUGCGCAGCCUUGGCGGCGGCGGCAGCGCACCGCAGCCGCAUCACAACCUGCCCGGCGGUCCUGCGGCUAGCAAGCAGUCGGGCAACGCGGCCCAGCCUGGCCGCCGCCGGCCGGCAUGGGGAGAGUCGAAUCAUUACGUCGGCAAUGGCGGCAGCCGUGCAUACGCUGCGAUGGCGUCCCCGCCUGCUGCUGGCCGCAGUACGUCGGCGGGCGACGCGGUGGGUGGCAGCCUGCUGUCGGACCUGCCGGACAUUGUAGCCCUGUUGUCCCAAGAUCCCGCGCCGCAGCGGACUGGGCCUAUACGGAUCGAGAAGAUCGACAUUUGAGCGCAACAUUCGGGCUGAUGGGUGCAUUCAUAAAGACUUUUGCGCGAGUUGUUGCGUUGUAGGACACUCAAGACUGUGGCAGGCUGCUGUUGGGUCCGUAAAAUAGAAAGGAGUGAAUGAUAUGCAGUACGGUGCGGGACAGCAUGUUUACUGUGGAUCCCCAUUCCGGAAGCUGCACUGCUGCAGGAUGCAAGGGACAUGGCAGGACGGGC